AUGACGUCUUCAGGCCUGGGACAGCUCUUCUCUAAGGACACGCAGUCUAUCUUCUUCAACUUCAAGCAGAAGCCAGUGCAGCGCAUGCUCGAUUUCGACUUUCUGUGCGGCCGCAAGACGCCCUCAGUGGCAUGCAUAGUGCAGCCGGGAUCCACCGGCUUUCAAAAGCUGUUCUUCGGCAGCGAGGAGAUUGCAAUCCCCAUGUACCCCAGCACGGCCGCAGCGGCGCGCAAGCACCCCAUGGCAGACGUGUUUGUCAACUAUGCCUCCUUCCGCAGCGCGUUCGAGUCGUCAAUGGAGGCGCUGGAGCAGGCGACCAUCAAGGUUGUUGCCGUCAUCGCAGAGGGCGUCCCCGAGAAGAACGCCAAGCAGCUGAUCGCCUACGCGCGCGCCAACAACAAGGUCCUCAUCGGGCCGGCCACCGUCGGCGGCGUGCAGGCCGGCGCGUUCCGCAUCGGCGACACGGCGGGCACCCUGGACAACAUCAUCGCCUGCAAGCUGUACCGCCCUGGGUCUGUGGGCUUUGUGUCGAAGAGCGGCGGCAUGAGCAACGAGCUAUACAAUGUGCUGUCACGCGCGACAGACGGCCUGUACGAAGGCAUCGCCAUCGGCGGCGACUCGUUCCCAGGCAGCACGCUGUCAGACCACUGCAUCCGCUACCAGAACAUCCCCCAGAUCAAGAUGAUUGUGGUGCUGGGAGAGCUGGGGGGGCAGGACGAGUACUCUCUGGUCGACGCCCUCAAAGCCGGCAAGGUGACCAAGCCGGUGGUGGCCUGGGUCAGCGGCACCUGCGCCAAGCUCUUCAAGAGCGAGGUGCAGUUCGGCCACGCUGGCGCGCGCAGCGGCGGCGACACCGAGUCUGCGCAGGCUAAGAACGCGGCGCUGCGCGAGGCGGGCGCUGAGGUGCCGGACUCUUUUGAGGGCUUUGAGGGCGCUAUCAAGGCGACCUACACCAGGCACGUGCUGGUUGACGAGGGCGUGAUUACUCCCGCGGCGGACGUGGACGUGCCCACCAUCCCAAUGGACCUGGAUGCGGCCACCAAGGCUGGCAAGGUGCGCGCGCCGACCCACGUGGUGUCAACAAUCUGUGAUGACCGCGGGGAGGAGCCCACCUACUACGGUGUCACUAUGAGCGAGCUCAUCACCUCGGACUAUGGGGUUGGGGACGUGCUGGCGCUGCUCUGGUUCAAGCGCAAGCUGCCAAAGUACGCCACCAAGUUCAUGGAAAUGUGCGUCAUGCUGUGCGCCGACCACGGCCCCUGCGUCAGCGGCGCCCACAACGCCAUCGUGACGUCGCGCGCCGGCAAGGACCUCGUGUCCUGCCUCGUCAGCGGCCUGCUCACCAUCGGCCCGCGGUUCGGCGGCGCCAUCGACGACGCGGCGCGGUGCUUCAAGGUCGCGGUGGAGCAGGGCCUGGACGCGCCCACGUUCGUGGAGGGCCUGAAGAAGCAGGGCAAGCGCGUGCCGGGCAUCGGCCACCGCAUCAAGAGCAAGGACAACCGCGACAAGCGCGUGGAGCUGCUGCAAAACUACGCGCGCAAGUUCUUCCCGGCCACGCGCUACCUGGCCUACGCCCUCACCGUGGAGGAGUACACCCUGGGCAAGGCCGCCAACCUGGUGCUCAACGUGGACGGCUGCAUCGGGGCCCUCUUCCUCGACCUGCUGUCCUCAAGCGGCGCGUUCACCCAGAAGGAGAUGGAUGAUGUGAUCUCCAUCGGCUACCUCAACGGCCUGUUCGUGCUGGCACGCUCCAUCGGCCUCAUCGGCCACGCCCUGGACCAGAAGCGGCUGCAGGCGAGGACCUGCGGCCGUGGCCCCCGCGCGGGGCAAGGGGGGCGAGGGGAGCCCCUGUACCGCCACCCCUGGGAGGACGUCCUGUACACCACCUAA